AAGCGUCCCCUGUGUUUCCAAUUUCCAUUGUUCGGUCGAUCGGUGAGGUACUGAGGUUUUGACGACGCUAAGAGAACAUAGGGAAUUAUUCCGGCACCGGAAUCGCGAAAUUUUCUCCCAUGGAAACGAAUAGCAACAUAGCGAUGAUGAUGAUUAGGGCAUCGAGGCCCAGCUUCCGAAACCCCCACGAUAAACUGGCCUUCGCCGUCCAUGCUUCCUUUGUUGCUUCUGGCUUUGUUCUCCUCGCAACCGGCGCUCCUGCCUUCACCGAUGAUCCCUUCUCUUCAUCCCACGGCGAUGAGGUGGGGAUCGAUCACUGGAACGACUUUGAGGACAAAUAUGCCUUUAUCUAUUCACACCCAGAUAGAAAUUCAAAGAAGGUGUUAGUUAAGUGCCUUGUUAUGAAUGAUAAACUCUUGGUUGAUGCAUUGGGGGAAGAUGAUAAUGAGGUCCACCAUAUUGAACUGGAUUCUCAGGAAUUUGUUGAAAAUGGAGGGGCCAAUUAUAACUCCCAGUAUAAGAAUUUUGGCAAGCUUUUUGAGGAAAUUACUAAGAAAAUUGUGAGUAAAUACAAGGGCUCUUCAGGAGGAAAUUCGUCCACUCAACCAUCAAGUUCUGAAAAAGGAGUUAUCCGAGAUGAUGCUGAUGGGCUUGGUGCCGAAUCUGUGGGCUCAUAUCAGCCUUCUCGUUCUUUUCCUCAAGGAUAUGUUGUUCCUCCAAUUCCUGCUUUUAGUGGCAGUGAUACUAUUCCUGCACCUGGUGCUGGAGUUUACCCAACCAGAGAUACAGGAGGCUUUGGAGGCAUGCUUGUAGGACCCAGAGAUGCUCGCUUUUUCCCCGGGAUAGGUGGCGAUACUGGUCUUCCUGGGGGACUGCAGGGUGUUCCACCCGGUGCUCGUUUUGAUCCGUUUGGUCCCCCGGGUGUUCCUGGUUUUGAACCAAAUCGUUUUAUCAGGGAUCCGACUAGGCCGGGAAGCAGAAGGAAUCAUCCGGACUUGGAGCACUUUGGCGGUGGUUCAGAUUUCAUAUAGGCUAUUUGAUGGGAAUCCAUAUGAAGCUGAACCUGGUAUAUGUGCAAAAGAAACUUUUAUCAUGCUUUUCUUUUGACAUGUGGCGUAUGCCAAUAUGUGUAUGUAGGACACUAGUACUAUUACUGGGCGCCGCACCCUUAGGUCUCUUGGGGAAAUGCACUAAAACCGCUUUAAUAGUUAGCCCCUUAAAGUAUCCUUUGGAAUAUAUAUGUGAAACGCCAUCGAACAAGCAAUGACGAUCAUACCAAAAGCCAACUAAGCGAGGAUGUGUGUACAUUUGUGCUCCAGCAAUGUUAUUGUGUUGUUUUGCUGUGGAUAUAGGCUAGUGUAGUUAGU